AUUAUAGCUUUGAUUUAGUAGACAACAACAUUGCCUGCCAGUGCUCUGAUGAACUUUCUGGUAGGGCGAUACGAUGGAGUCGUCCAAGUCUGAUGGAUAUUUAGUGCUGUGCGCCUAUUCCAUUGCACUGCUCGAUUUGGUAUCCGCAGUGCUCUUUGCCGUUGUCUCCGGGAUGCUCUAUGUGAAGAAUAACCAUUGGACCUCUCUGGUGGGAUUGAUCUUUACUAUAUUUUGGAUUAUUAUAAUUAUCGUGCUGGCAGUGGGGAUCUACAAGCGCCAUUUGGCUUUGAUUCGUUGCUGGCUGGUGUUCACCUGCCUUGGAAUAUUGCUAGAUGGGUUUAUUCUGAUUUAUGGCCUGACCCUAGCCGUUUCCGUGAACUGGGAGGGCGUCAAAAUCACAGUCUUGCCUUUUGUGGGCUUGGCUGUGGAAAUGACUUUUGUCUAUAUCAUACAUCUCUUGUAUCUGGAAAUGACUGAAUUUCCCAAUCCACAGCCCCAGCCACAGCUAAGGACCCUAGGGGGAUCUCAGAAGUACUCAGAGACGAAAUUCUCAGAGGCUCACGAGAAACCGGCAAAGAGAAACGGGACACAGCUUAGAGCCAAAGAUGAGGACUACGAGUAUUAUCGUCAGAAGAAGCUUUCUAAAGAGCAAAACCUGCGAAGCAAAGCUUUCCUCAGCAAUUAGGAAAGGAGUUUGGGCCAUUAAUUGCCCUAAGGUCAUCUGACGCUGAUCUAUUAUACCUGUACAUAUAUUUGAAACAAGCCGCGUAGCAGAACACCAAAACAUCUUUCCAGUACUGUAUGGCUGUAUAGCAGA